AUGAAGACAUUCGGUUGCAGGUCACAGGGCGGACGGAAGCGGGUUGGGCUGUUGGCGGUAUUGGUGGACGCGGAGGGGCGUCGGCCUGUAGUGGAAGACUGUGUGCCACGCAUGGUGGCCUUUGUGACAGGACAUGGCGAGGCAGAGGCGGGUAUCGGCCGCGGGGAGGUGGCGUUCGCAGCGGUGCUGAUGCCGACGGGCACGAGUGUGGUGCACAAGUGUGGCGGCGAGUUCGACUGGUUCCAGACCUGCACGCGGAUGAUGAUAUACCCGGCGUUGGGAGGCCGCGCACACGGUGUGGAAGGCGAGUUGCGGCGCACACUCGAAAAACGACUUGCAGCACUUGGACUCGAACACGCGCCUGUGGCAACGGAACUGCGCCGCGAAAUCUUCGGCACACCCGAACCUGCUUCCGGCUGGGAACAGGCUUGGUGGCGCACCUGCAGGGAGCCCCGCGCCGUCAAAGAACACUUUUGCAGACCACUCUUACAAUCCGAGUUCGAAAAGCUACUACCGCUCGUGGAGCCCGACUGGCUCGAGACGCUGGUGCGUGCGCGCCACACUGCCGCCGUCUGGGACGAGCGCGCUGCGCGUGCCACCCCUGUGGGGUACAACGAGACCACUUAUUGCAGCCCAGUCCGGCCCAGCUUAACCCCGCCGGACUUAGUCCGGUCCAGGUCAGGUUCGGACCUGGUCCGAUGCUGGGUUGGUCCGGGGUGGCGCGACGAGGGUGCUGAUUUGCUCGGGCGGCGUCCCUGUCUUUCACGGCGUAGGUUUCGUCGUUGGUUGCGAAUCGUCCGACGAACGCCGCGCUGGUGCGUGGGUCUGAUAGCCGUGCACUUGGGGCUCGGCGGUAUGUUGGUGUACAUGCUGGCGGGAGGGUUCGAGAUGGCGGGGGGGUUGGAGAUGGCGGAGAGGUCGGAGAGGUCGGAGAGGUCGGAGAGGUCGGAGAUGUCGGAGAUGGCGGUGGAUUGUGCGAGGUUCUGGGGGGGUGCGCCUGAGUGCGUGGGUAACGCGGUGUGGAGACAGCCGUUGAAGGCAGAGUCUACGUGGCAUGCGAAGGAGUUGUCGACAGCGGAGUUGUCGACAGCGGAGUUGGAUUGGUUGCGUGAGUGCUGUGCACCGGUAGCGAGACGUACGAGGGAGGCGGUGCUGGAGUGGCACGUGGGUGAGUCGGUUGCAGCAGGCCCGUUAUGUCCGGCGGGAGGUAAGCUGACAUGUGAGCGGUACCUGGACGAGUCAUCAGGAGCAUGUCGUGGUUACAUACCGGGUGUUAGUGAGUCAGUUUGUUAUGGUUUUGGUGUGCCUUACAAGUACGAUUUCCUCAGUGUGUUUCGUGCCGUCCAGAAACGAUUUGAUCCAGAACGCUGCACCGUCAGUUGUGACAGCUCCGAUUGGACGCGCGCCCGUCUCUUGUUCAGACUCCUCCAGGAAAGCUUCAACAGCGAACCCGAUGACCCCGUCCACCUAAUCGGCUCCGAGCCGCCUUACUUACGCUCCAAGGCCCGGCGCCGACUCAUUCGUGAUCGACGACCAGAAACUAUUGACGAAGUAUUCCCACGUGACCCACGGUGCUCCGGCUCAUGCGAGACUUGUGACCUCCCAUACUUCCAACAAUUCCAAAACUGUUACUGCGAUGUCGCACACUUAAACUGCAAUGUUACCCACCACGAGAAACCUGACGGAUCCGUGCUGUACGACCAAGCCAAAACAACCUUGAAAAUACUUGACAUCAAAACUACACCUCUACAACUCGGACGCCGCCUCGCAUCCUACGCAAAUGACACACAAAUCACCGAAUGCGAACACGUCUGCCAACGACGUCCCCGUCUCCACUAA